CUCCAACCCACAGCCAUGUCCUGCUACGACCUGUGCCGUCCCUGUGGCCCAACCCCUCUGGCCAACAGCUGCAACGAGUCCUGUGUCAGGCAGUGCCAGGACUCCAGGGUGGUGAUCCAGCCUUCUCCUGUGGUGGUGACUCUGCCUGGACCCAUCCUCAGCUCCUUCCCCCAGAACACUGCUGUGGGAUCCACCACCUCUGCUGCUGUUGGAAGCAUCCUGAGCGAGUCAGGAGUGCCCAUCAACUCCGGGGGCUUUGGCCUCUCUGGCAUUGGUGGUCGCUACUGA